AUUUUAAUGGGACGUACUCCAAAUUCAGCUCAGCUCCUGUCCGCCGUCUGCACGUUCAUUUCAUUCUCUUGGAUCAAAUCUUCAUUCAUCCUCACUCUCCUUUAUGCCAUUAUCUACGUGAUACAGGGACUGAAACAAUCCCUUGUUCCUUUGACGUCAACUCACUCAUUUCAUUUCAUUUUUUCUUGCGGGUUCAGUUCAAAAACCUCAUGCCAUGGCCAUCUUCGCCUCUUCAGCUGUACGCCUACUCAUCGGCCUAACAAUCGCACUCAGCUUCAUCGCCUUCUUCACACCAACCGGCUACGUACCAGACGUCGCAUUAUCAUUCAGGAUGCCAGCUGCACUUAAAAAAAUCGACGUUUCCAUCUCUCAAAUGGAGAAAGAUCCUGUUCUUCUCCGCGCAACUGUCACCAACAACAAUGAUGAGCCAGUCACUAUUCUCAGCUACGGCUCACCCCUGGAUCCGUUGGGCAUUUCUCUUGGCAUUCUUCACGUCACGCCAAAGGGCGACAGCAAACCACUUGAAAUCAUGCAGAUUGAAGCUUCACGACUUUGGCCGCCUGCUGAUGAUGCUUUGAUUGAGAUUCAACCUGGCCGAACGGCUAUUUGGGAAUUUACCCUCCAGGAACCUGUUGUUCCUAUGGACAGGGUGUUUGAGGGCGCGACGGUGCAGCUCAAGGGGACGUGGAAUGCUGUGUGGACAAAGGAGAAGAAGGAUGUUGACUAUACAUCUUUUGAGACGGGCACACCAGCAAACGAGACUCUAACAGGGCCAUUCAAGUCAAAUGUUAUUGACAUUGAGGUCGCCUAGGCAUGAAUUGUAUUAUUAUUAUGGCGUUUGGGGUAUGAUUAAUUGGUUCACUUGUCUCUACGUUAGAUGACUAGAGUGAUUGAUGGGUUAAUUGGAAGGGAAAGCAAGGGGUGAAAAUAUUUUUUAUUAGAAUACAUAUAAUCCAAUCCAACAAGCAGGCAUUCUUUGUCUCUCCCUGAAAUCCAUGCAGUCAGCCUUUCGAGGCAAGCCACGUUCAUACCCUGUAACAGACCAGCGACCAGCCAAGCCCAGGCAUGGACAAGUGUCUGAGAUGACAGAAAACUACA